UUUGCGCCCGUAUCUGGGUGACUUCUAGGCGGCCGAGUCGCUGUCCGUUCCCCACCCCCAACUCUGCUGCGGUCGUGCGCGCCUCCCGAUUUCCGCGCAUUUUUCCCCCUCCCUAACCCCUCUCGGGUCCCCUCCGGGCCUUCUGCCCGUGACCGCCCGGCUGGCCGUGCCACCGCCCGCCGUCGUCGUCGGGAGGAAAGAUGAAUGGGAGGGCUGAUUUUCGAGAGCCGAAUGCAGAAGUUCCGAGACCAAUUCCCCACAUAGGGGCUGAUUACAUUCCAACAGAGGAAGAAAGAAGAGUCUUUGCAGAAUGCAAUGAUGAAAGCUUCUGGUUCAGAUCUGUGCCUUUGGCUGCAACAAGUAUGUUGAUUACUCAAGGACUGAUUAGUAAAGGAAUCCUUUCAAGUCAUCCUAAAUAUGGGUCCAUCCCUAAACUUAUAUUUGCUUGUAUCAUGGGAUACUUUGCUGGAAAGCUUUCUUACGUGAAAACUUGCCAAGAGAAGUUCAAGAAUCUUGAGAAUUCCCCUCUUGGAGAAGCUUUACGAUCAGGACAGGCACGACGAUCUUCGCCACCUGGGCACUAUUCUCAAAAGUCGAAAUACGACUCAAAUGUGAGUGGUCAUUCCUCUUUUGUGACAUCCCCAGCAGCAGACAACAUAGAAAGGGAGAUGCUUCCUCCUUAUGAGCCAAUUCCAUUCAGUGCUUCUAUGAAUGAAUCUACUCCCACUGGUAUUACUGAUCAUAUUGCCCAAGGACCUGAUCCCAACCUUGAAGAAAGUCCCAAAAGAAAAAAUAUUACAUAUGAGGAAUUAAGGAAUAAGAACAGAGAGUCAUAUGAAGUAACUUUAACACAUAAGACUGACCCCUCAGUCAGGCCUAUGCAGGAAAGAAUGCCAAAAAAAGAAGUCAAAGUAAACAAAUAUGGAGAUACUUGGGAUGAGUGAAAAAUUGCAUCAUUGGACCUACUGAAGGAGUUUCAAUAUCCAACUUCAUCUAGGUGGUCAUGAAUAUCUGCAUGCUCUGAGCUCAGCAGCAGUCUUCAUAAACACAUUUACAACUAGAACCUCGGUUUUUGUGGUUUGGCUUAUUAAAAUGAUGUUUCAGAAACACAGAAUUUAGUGUUAAUAUUGUGUGAAUGUAUUCACCUUUGGGAACUAUAUGAAUGAUGGUAUUAGACCAGUUUGUGAAAUUGUUUUAAGUUACAGGGCAAGGAUAUUCUCAUAAAGCUGUCGAGAUUGUAAUCCUCUAGAUUCAGCAUAUAUGAACAUAAAUGAUAUCUGCAUGUUGAAUUGGGGUGGGUGGGGGGCAAGCAUAAUUUUAAGUGUUAAGCUUUACAUUCAAAAAUUAUUAAAAAGCCUUUCUCCAGUGUUUGCUGUAUUCUUUUAAUGUUUAUGGUAAAUAAAAUAUAAAGGAACAUGCA